AUGCUGAGCGACUUUUUCCUGCCGUCGAUCGGCGGCGUCGAGCUCCACAUCUACGCCCUCGCCGCGAGAUUGCGCGCGCGCGGACACAAGGUGGUGGUGUACACGCACGCGCAUCCCGGACGCGUGGGCGUGCGGUGGAUCACGCGCGGGAUCAAGGUGUAUCACGUGCCGAGGGUGGUCAUGUACGACAACUGUACGUUUCCAAAUUUUCUCGGCGGGUUCAAGUUAUUUAGAAAGACGUGCGUUCGCGAAGGCGUGACGCUGGUGCACGCGCACCAAGGGUGCACGAUGUCGCACGAGGGCAUACUGUACGCGCGAACGAUGGGAAUGAAGUGCGUGUUCACCGAUCACUCGUUGUUUGGUUUCGCGGACGUCGGGGCGAUUCACACGAACAAGUUAUUGGACAUGACGUUGGCGGACACGCAGCACGCGAUUUGCGUCAGUCACACGGCGAAGGAGAAUACGGUUUUGCGGAGCGGGUACUUGCUCGGGGGCGAGCCAGGUUUGGCGCCGGAGCGCGUGAGCGUCAUCCCGAACGCCGUGGACUCCGUGAGAUUCACGCCGGAUGUGACGAAGCGGAAGAAAGGACGCAGGACGGUGGUGGUGACGUCGAGAUUGAUGUAUCGCAAGGGCGUGCAUCUGUUGGCGGGGGUGAUUCCGCUCGCGUGCGCCGAGCACGACGAUUUAGAUUUCCUAAUCGCGGGCGAUGGAUCGAUGCGGAAGCAUUUGGAGAAGGCGAUCGAAGAUGCGGGUUUGACCGAGCGCGUCACCAUUCUCGGGAGCGUGUCGCACGACAAGGUCCCAGAAGUGCUUCGUCGAGGCGACGUGUUCCUCAACGCCUCGCUCACGGAGUCGUUUUGCAUCGCCGUCCUCGAAGCGGCGUCGUGCGGAUGUCUCGUCGUCGCCACCGCGGUGGGAGGCGUUCCAGAGGUAUUACCAGAAGAUAUCAUGUUCUUAGCGAAGCCGGACGUGCAGUCCAUCCUGGACGCUCUCGACGAGUGUCUCGAAGCGCUCCCGCGCGCCGAUCCGUGGCGGAUUCACGAGCGCGUCGAGGCGUUGUACAACUGGGACGACGUCGCCCAUCGCGUCGAGCUCGCGUACGACCGCGCGUACGACACGUGGGACACGUUCAUGGGGCGUCUUUACAGGCUGUACCGCCGCGGCGUCGUGUUCGGAAAGAUGUUGUGGUGCGUCGCGGCGGUGACGUACCUGUGGUGGCGCGCUCUCGAGUUUUUCGAACCCGCGGCGAGCAUCGAGCCCGCGCUCGCGCUCGACGACGAGCGCUUCGACGUCGAGCGCUUCGACGACGAGCGCGCGCUCGCGCGCGAGGAGUAACGAACGAUUCAUCCUCCCUCUCCUAGAUCUAGCCAGUCCAUCUAUCCAUCC